CACCACAUCCGCGGUACUCUUGGUUGCUUUUAGCAGAAGGCGCGCCGCGGAGCGCGAGCGCGAGUUCUCCUCUCAUCUAGUGACCUAUUCUUGAAAAACAUAGUUCUUUUAUUGUAACAAACAUGUGCCCAACUCCGAGCGAAUUAUACCACAAAAUUUAUUACAUCAGGCUUCGCAAAUAACAUGGGCCAAAAGCCGUCGGCGCACAAACCGAAGUUGCCGCUGAUAUGGAUCCUGAGAUGUCAGAACAGGACGCACAACCCGAACCCCGAGCAGCCCAUCAAGUUCCAGUACCACAAGACGCGCAGGAAAAGCAUCGAGAAGGAUUACCAGAAAGUCAACAGCGUAAACCAAAGCGAAGGUCCGAAGGGUGGAUGCAGCGCGGAGCAGGGCUGCAGGAUGGUGAAGACGCAGGGGCCGCAGAUAGCUAGGACCAAAUCCGAGCCAAAUUUGGCUUUCGGCGAGAAGAGGCAUAGGCAUCGCAGGAAGAGCGGCAGAUCGACGAGGACCGUCGUGCAGAAGUUCGGAUACGAGAUCCAGGACAUCGACGACUUUCUCACAAAG